ACGACGCAGAAGUACAUUGAAGACCAGGAAACGCCACCUCACAAUCAAGAAAAGAGCACAAAGAAACCAAAUUGGUUUACGCUAGCCCGCAAAAAACGAUGUUGGAUAUUCAAAUUGACCUUGGGAGCUUUUCAAGAUGAAGCGUUACUAGGAUGUCUUGUUUCACAUUUUUGUCUCGCGUUCUGCGACCACCAACCAACAUACCUGCUGAGUCACUUGACACCUGCAUAAGCCUCAAGUUAAUGCGACUUUGUGGUUUGGUAUCUUCAGAUGCUAAUGGUAUUUAUACCUUCCGACCUGAUUUAUUUCGUUCUCUGCGCAAGCUGGAAAACCUAGUGGAUGACCAGAUGACAAAGCUAGGAGCUCAGCGUGUUUUGUUGCCCACCCUUGGUCCAAGACACUUAUGGGAGAAGUCUGAACGUUGGUCAAAUAUGCAAAAUAGCUUAUUUAAGCUCAAAGACAGACUGUCCCACGAAUAUUGUUUGCAACCGGUAAAUUUCUGUGAUAUUUAAACCAUCUUUUUCAGACUCAUGAAGAAUCAAUUACUA